UGAUGCUGCUCCCUGGUGUGUAGAGGAGGAGAGAGAGCGUGUCCGCUGCCCAAUGACAGCGCAGGAUGCUCAGAGAGGCUGCUGGGGUGAAUGGAGGCGACAAGAUGCCGUCUAGAGCGCCGAAGGAGAGGAAUUAACAUCGAUAAAGAUCUGACUUUGAUGUGUUCCACCUAUUCAGCCAAAAAAUAAGUCACCCAUGUUCAGUUCAAAGAGUCAGAGCAGUCUCAUCUCAACGCGCCCCUGUUAGGACCCUCUGGUGGCUACGUCGCUGAAUCACAGGACAUGUACGGCAGUGCCAGAGCUGUAGGCCAUGUAGAGAGCAGCCCUGUACGGUCCCCGCGCCUGCCAAGGUCCCCCAGAUUGGGCCAUCGAAGGGCAAACAGCGGGAGCGGGGGUGGUGCAGGCGGCAAGACUCUCUCAAUGGAGAACAUCCAAUCCCUCAACGCUGCCUAUGCUACUUCGGGGCCCAUGUACCUGAGUGAUCACGAGGGCGUGGGUUCCACUGCCACCUACCCAAAAGGCACUAUGACUCUGGGUCGCGCCACCAGUCGGGCCAUGUACGGGGGCCGCGUCACAGCCAUGGGCAGCAGCCCCAAUAUUGCCUCAGUGGGGCUGCCUCAUGGUGACCUUCUGUCUUACAGUGACCUGGGCUCUCUCUCCAUGCUGCACCCCCACCACCACCAGGGGGUGCCCUCCGCUCUGCUGAGGCAGGCUGUGCGGGGCAGUGGGGGGGAGCUGCUGGAGAUGCAGGCCCAGCUCAGGGACAUGCAGAGGGAGAAUGAGAUGCUGCGACGGGAGCUUGAACUGAAGGACAGUAAGUUGGGAUCUUCCACCAACAGCAUUAAGAGCUUCUGGAGUCCUGAAUUAAAGAAGGAAAGGAUAAUGAGGAAAGAGGAGGCGGCUCGUUCAUCAAUCCUUAAAGAACAGAUGAGAGUCACCCAUGAGGAGAACCAGCUGCUGGAUGCCAGGAGAACCAAGCAUCUCCAGAUGACCAUCCAGGCUCUGCAGGAUGAACUUCGCACACAGCGAGACCUCAACCACCUGCUGCAGCAGGAAAGCGGUAACCGCUCCGGCUCGGAUCAUUUCACCACCAUCGAGCUGACGGAGGAGAACUUCCGCCGGCUGCAGGCCGAGCAUGACAGGCAGGCCAAGGAGCUCUUCCUACUGAGGAAGACCCUGGAGGAGAUGGAGCUGAGGAUCGAGACACAGAAACAAACACUGGGUGCCAGAGAUGAGUCCAUUAAGAAGCUGCUGGAGAUGCUGCAGAGCAAAGGGCUGCCUCCUGGACCCGGCAGAGCUUCUGAGGAGGAAGAGCAGGAGAGAGCCAGACGCAUUGCUGAAGCUGAGGCCCAGCUCGGACACUUAGAAGUUAUUUUGGAUCAGAAGGAGAAGGAGAACAUUCAUCUGCGAGAGGAACUGCACAGAAGAAAUCAGUUGCAUCAGGAUCCGAGCAAAACCAAGGCCCUGCAGACCAUUAUAGAGAUGAAAGACACCAAAAUCGCCUCUUUGGAGCGCAACAUCCGAGAUCUGGAGGAUGAGAUCCAAAUGCUGAAAGCAAACGGAUUACUGAACACAGAGGACAGAGAGGAGGAGAUCAAACAGAUGGAGGUCUACAAGAACCACUCUAAGUUUAUGAAGACCAAGAUUGACCAACUUAAACAAGAGUUGUCAAAGAAAGAGUCAGAGCUGCUGGCUCUUCAAACAAAACUAGAGACCCUCAACAACCAGAACUCAGACUGCAAACAGCAUAUCGAGGUGCUCAAAGAGUCUCUCACUGCCAAGGAGCAACGUGCUGCCAUCCUGCAAACAGAGGUAGAUGCUUUACGUCUGCGUCUGGAGGAGAAAGAAUCGUUCCUGAACAAGAAAACCAAGCAGCUGCAGGACCUGACGGAGGAGAAGGGGACUCUCGCUGGAGAAAUCAGGGACAUGAAGGACAUGCUAGAGGUCAAGGAGAGGAAGAUUAAUGUCCUGCAGAAGAAGAUUGAGAACUUGCAGGAGCAGCUGCGGGACAAAGACAAGCAGCUGGGGAAUCUUAAGGACAGGAUCAAGUCUCUACAGACUGACUCCAGUAACACAGAUACUGCCCUGGCCACCCUGGAGGAGGCACUGUCAGAGAAGGAGAGAAUAAUAGAGCGUUUAAAGGACCAAAGGGAGAGGGAAGACAGAGAACGUCUGGAAGAAGUGGAUUCAUAUAAAAAGGAGAACAAAGAACUGAAGGAGAAAGUCAACAACCUACAGAUAGAACUAACAGAGAAAGAGUCCAGUCUCAUCGAUCUCAAAGAACAUGCAUCAUCCCUGGCAUCCUCCGGCCUCAAGAAGGAUUCAAAGCUCAAGUCACUGGAGAUUGCCAUAGAGCAGAAAAAAGAGGAGUGUAGUAAGUUGGAGACGCAGUUACAGAAGCAAGCUGAGCAGCUUUUCAGUCACAUGAACAAUCCUAAGGCUCAUGAAGUGGAGCAUCAGUCUGGCCCAAGAGGAAACCCAGAGUAUGUGGACCGAGUAAAGCUGUUGGAAAAAGAGGUGAGCUACUACAAGGAUGAAACGAGCAAGGCUCAGGCGGAGGUGGAGAGACUCCUGGACAUCCUGCGGGAGGUGGAGACUGAAAAGAAUGACAAGGACAAGAAGAUUGCUGAGUUGGAAAGCCCCCCUACCACUGCCCCACGCCCCACCCCUCGUCCCGGUGGCAGAGCUCCCCCUGACCCGCUCCCUUCUGUGUCUGCUGCCCCCCAGCAGAUAGGGGGCAUGGUGUGGGAUUUCCUGGGAAAUUUAGCUCCCAGGCAAGGAGGAAAAGAUCAGACUAAAAAGGGUGCAAACAUCAAAUUGGGACCACAAGGGGACAAGAAGGGCUUAGGACAAGACCAUCGUAAGGACAGCUCCCUAGACGGGGGUCACCACUUAAAGCUGGAGGAGCUAAUGAACACGUUGGAAAGAACGAGGCAGGAGCUAGAUUCCACCAAGCAGCGUCUCUCCUCCACACAGCAGUCUUUACAAGAGAGGGAUUCCCACCUCACUAACAUGAGACAAGAGCGCAGGAAACAACUGGAGGAGAUCCUUGAAAUGAAACAACAAGCUCUACUGGCAGCCAUCAGUGAGAAAGAUGCAAAUAUUGCCCUGCUUGAACUGUCUGCCUCUAAUAAAAAGAAGACCCAGGAGGAGGUGAUGGCCCUGAAGAGGGAACGGGACAAACUGAUGCACCAGCUUAAACAACAUACACAAAGCAGAAUGAAGUUGAUAGCUGACAACUACGAGGACGAGCAGUAUCAUCUACAUGCUCCUCAUCACCAGCCUCAGCCUCCACAUGCUCAGCCUCAGCCGCAGUCCCAGUACCCCCACCCUCCCCAUGCUCAGCAGUCCCCUUAUCCACACUCACAACACCCACAGCAUAUGCAGCAUCCACAAGCCCUACCACAGCACCCACAUCCCCAGCAGCAACAACCCCAGUACCCUCACCCUGCUCCCCCUCAGCACCCUCAACACACUCAACACACUCAACCACUCUCCCAACACCAACAACAUCCACGCCCUCCACAGCCUCAGCACCCUCACCAACAGCACCCCCAGCAUCCAACUCAACAUCCACAUGGACACCCCCCUCCACAGCACCCUCAUCCUCAGCAUCCACAUGGCCCUCCACAACAAGGACCACACCCCCAGCAUCCACAUCCUCAGCACCCUCAGCACCCUCAGCAUUCUCAGCAUCCUCAGCACCUUCAGCACCCUCAGCAUCCACACCACGCCCAGCAUCCACGGCAUCCAUCACCACAUCAUCGAGGAGGGCCAGCCCGAGGACCCCCGCUUGCUGGUCAUCGCCCCUCCCCAGACCAGGAUGACGAGGAGGGCAUUUGGGCAUAAUCUUAGCUGUGACAACCAAAGCUCUAAUGUUGUUUUGAGGGAUGAUUCAGUCACUACUGGAGGAGCAAGGCCAUGUCAUGAGGUUGAGACACCACCCAACUAAACAUUUAUUACCUUGAGUCAGUCAGCACUUCUGAGCAGUGGGACUUUGUUAUGUUUUUUUGUUUGUUUGUUUGUUUUUGUUCUCUCUCGGGAAGAAGAAGAGGUGGUUCUGAGUGCAGAUUCUGCAUGGAGAUUGACAGCUGAGCAGGUGAUGUGGGACCUCUAGUUUGUGUGAACAAGAAGAGACGUUCUCCACUUCCUUCAGAAACCAUCCGCAACAUGACGUUGAUGGAGGGACAGGUGUCCUGCAUGCCAAAUUGUUGCUUUGACAAACGUGAUCAACAUGGCACCCCUGCAUCAGAGGUCUCACCGAAGUCACCUCGCCUGCCUGUCUCCUGCCGAAGGAGACCUCUUCAUCGUCCCCAGCAGAGAUCCUGUGUGACUUUUCUGCCUGCCCAGUAUUGUUUUCAUCACUCUUACUUUUUAAAAAAAGCAGAUUUGCUGCUACUUUUUCACCUGCCUGACUCACUUCUCUGACUCCCAGCGGUUCCUCUGCCUGACUGUCAUUAGAUCCUCAAUCUUUACUACUCUCUUUUCCCACCUGGUGACAUCUGACCUCUCUACCUGGCCAUCAUGAUCUCUCAUUGUGCAGAGUCCCAUCUUAUCUUUACAUCUUUCGAUUGCAUUAAUGAGCUGUGCUAUCUUCUGUGGUACAUAGUCUCAGCUUUAUUUCACUUUUACACACACCCCACCAUCAUCUCUUAUCUCAUGUAAAACUUUUUUUUUUUGUGCAAUGAUGUGUCCCUUUACCAGCAUGCUCCAUACACGCCAGAUUUGAGCAAUUUUAAGCAUUCUGUUCUCAUUUCUUGUUGGCACAAAGAAGCACUUAGGGCUGACAGAGCGCCUUGAGCUUUGACUGCAGCGUCUCCUUUGCUGCAUGAGCACGGCCCUCUAGUUUUGGAGAUAGUUUUGAUCUCAAGGCUUUGGCUCUCAUCAGUGUGUUUUUCUCCAUAAUACCUCAUUUAAAUCAGAAGUAGUCAAAAAAAUCAAUCUAUGCAGAUAUCGACAUUGAAGGAAACCAUUUUUAUUUUCCAUCAGUAUUUAAAGUAAAUUAAAUUGGUGUUAAACAUCCAAUCAGGACAGCCAGGAGAGCGGACAGAAAAUAUUCAUUCAAAUUAUUUUGAGUUUUUGAGACUAUGCACAUGUGCACCUCCUCUGUGUUGCAGGAUUUUUUACUAAUGGUGCUUUUGCUGGUGCUCAAACUAAAUGGUGUCAGAAGACCUAAUGAGAGCAUCUUUUAUUGCUUUUACAGUAGAGGGACUUGAUCCCACAAUGGGCUUCAUAAAAAACUGUAAAAGACUGCUUUGUACAUACAAUUUGACAAUAGGGGCUUGUGAGCAAUGGUCACAUCACUAUAAGAAUCAUUAUAGACUGUGAAGUAGAGGGAAUGCCCAGUAGAUGUUUUCCCUGCAGGUUUAAUUGUAGCCCUGAUGGCCCCAGUCUCUGACCAACAGUACACUCCUGCUCCCUUCUCCCUUGUACUCUUCCAGCAGUAGUCUAUGUGACCUCCCCACACAUAGUGACUCGUUUUCUCCUUCUUAACAAGGUGGCCUGUGCCUCGUAAAAUCUGUACACAUAUGAUAGAUAUGCAUAUAUUAUACAUAUAGAGAGAAAUCUAUAGAGUGUGUCUAUAUGUGGUCAGAAAAUUGUUUCAAACUGACAAAAAGUUGUUUUUUUUUCUUUAUGGUUAUUUUUCUAACUGGCUGAAGAUCAGAGAUGUCUUAUUUAGAGUGUUGAGUGAUUUGUAUAUUGUGAGAAAACCCGUCAGCAGCAAAAUAACAUUCCCUGUCUGAAAAUACAGGACAGCCCAGGAAAAAAAAAAAAAAAAAACUAGAAGAGCUUUAGAGCAGCAGUUUGUGGAAAAUAUAGACGUUUAUCUAAAUCAAUGUAGAACUAAAGAAAAGACAUUACAUUCCUUUCUUGAUGUGAGACUCAGUUGAAGACCACCUGGCCUGUGGUAACAACUUUAAAUGGAAAAAAAAAGUGUUUUUAAUUUAAAAAAGGUUUUCUUUUCCUAAUUUUGUAGCUCACACAGGUAGCAGUGAGAUUAUGACUGCUGCACUCAGCAGUCAGAGGCUUGCACUUGUGAAUGAGGACUAUCACAAUAUCCUCCAAGAAGAGGUUUCGGUGACUCUGUCUGGAUGCAUUUCUUUUGUGUGUUUUUAUCGUUGUCGUCAUGUAAACAGAAAUGGUGAUGUAUGUGAACUUGACUGCUGAUUACGUAGAAAAACCAAUACAUUGUUACAGUAUUGUGGAAAAAAAUGAAAUAGACUGUUACAAAUUCCCAGUUCCCCUCCCCCUUCCCCUCAUGGUGCCUGUGUGUCAAAAUGUUGGUUGUUGUAUAUAAACGUCUUUCCAUCUAACUCAUCUUCCACAAACCGAGCUGGUCCAAACAUCGUCUUUCACAUGUCUGCUUUCCACGUUACAGCUUCUGUCUGACCAAGAAUCUACAGGUUGUGUAAGACUGCUGUUUGUGUUUACAAAUGUUGUGAAAAAAGGUCCUAAGAUGGAUUUUUUCUUUUUUUUUCUUUUCUUUUAAAAGGGAAAAGACAAUGCAAACAGACAGAGGAGCAAAAAUCCUCUCACUUCACCAUCAUGGGGGUGGACUACAAAUCCUCCAUUUUCAGGUCCUUAUCUACUGAAUACUUGAAGUAGGGAGUUUUCCUACCAUGAUAUAGCUUAUAUGAUUUGCAUGGUAGACAAAAUGGAACAUUUUAAUUGUGCCCACGCAUGCUGGUUUUUACAUUACGUGCCAACUGAUGGUGAUGAUGUAUGGGAAAAAAAUGUCUUGUUCUCUAUGCAGAGUGAUUUCUCUACUGUUGUGUCAAAAAAAUAAAUCAAUCGAUAAAUAAAAGGAUAAAAAAAAGACACAGAGGCGUAGAGGCAGGGGCUGUUUCCCUGGGUUAAGAGCAAGAGUUGUCGGGAAUGAGUGACAUCGCACUCAUGGAAGGCGAGGCUUAAUCUGUGCCUAAAAGCAGCAGUGUAGAAAAGCCUGUAGAUUCACCAGUUAUUUUUCCAAAGGCCUUCAGAAGAAUGAAAAGCUUACAUAAUUUUCUUUUUAUUGCUGUGAACAGGUUGCUUUUCUUUCAUUUGUUGCUGAAAUCUUUGGAUUAUAUAAAUCACUGUGACCAAUGCCAGAAAUAUUUUUGUUUGACAGAGCAAAUAUUGGUUUUUACUUUUUUAUUAUUGUCAUUAUUUUUAUUUCAAGCUUUAUUUUUUCUAUUGUUUUCGCUUAUUAUAUAUGCCAGUUUGAGACUGUACUGUCUGUACAAGUAAAUGUUUUGAGCUGUACAGUAAAGACUUAGGAACAAAUUCAAUGUGUGUCCAGCAUGCUGAAUGAUCAUUUGUGCGAACGUGAGCUAAUCUCCCAUGAAGCGUCAUUCCUCAUGCAUUACCUGCAUCUGCAUCGUGCAUUGUGACGGUGUGAUGUUGUGUUUGAGAGUGAUGUGUGUCUCACUUACUGUGUCCCCUUAGUAGACAGCCUGUGCAGUUUUGUGAGAGUGCAGCAUGUUUUUGGGGUUGCUGGUGUAAAUGUCUUCAGAAAAGAGAGUUUUAUGCGUGUGUAUGUGCAUAACUGCAACUUCUUGUUUGAUGAGGGUGUAUGUGUGUGGAUGUGUUGAUCAUGUGAAAGAGAAAAAUCUAUUUAAAAGAAUUUUAUCAGAGUUGCUACAGGAAGAGUACAUUUUGAAUGACGCAUGGAUACUAUGUAAUGUUCAGUUAUUUUUUUUAACUAUAGGAGGCUGUCCUCAGUGCCCCAGUUUGCUAUUGUAUGUGAUGUAUCAGAAUAAUAUUAUUGAGUGUUGGCCAGCUUGUUUAUAUCCAUCAAAUAAAGGUGACUUUCUUUC